AUGCCCCAGGGUAGCCUCCAAUGGCAGGGAACGCAAAGACGGACGUACGCUCCAGGAGCGCACUGGAAUAUCCAGGUGGUGAGGGGUAAGGUGACGACGCGCUGCUUGUGGCACGCCUGCAAGGCACUCGGCAUAGGGCUUCUUCUAAUGCUUUUAGGAGCUUGCAUGGCUACUAUAGGUUAUUAUGCAGAUCAAUUAUCCGUUGCUCAAGAAAUUCGAGGUAAUCUUACAAUAAGAGUGAAAAAUGAAUCAAGAGGCUUUCAUCUUAACAACCUCAGUUACGCUGGACCUAUAGUCAUGGGAGUUGGAGGUUUCAUUGUUGUCGCAGCAUGUGUUAUGACGUUCGAAGCACGCGACAGCGCGGCAAAAGUCGUUCCUGCGCGAUUUCGCUUCAGCCAGGCUUCGAGUCUGAAAACGACGAAGAGCCAACGCAAUCGGAAGUCGACGUCGAGCCAAACGAGCAAAUGGGACCAUCAAUUAGGACUCUUCCGUGUUAACCGUAGCCCUAGCCCGAGUCUCCGUGAUGCCUCUCGACGCCAGCUCACCGCCGAAUUUGUCCAGUUCUCAAAAACUCUCCAGGAUAAGGGCUUGGCUAGUCCAAUGAAGAAGAGCCCCAGUGCGCCAAGUCUCGUCGAGAAGAAGUCGCCGAAGCGUAGGGUCAUCAGACAGGGUCACGGAGCUGGAGGUUGCGCGCUGCUCAAUCCUGAGCUCCUGAAGCGGCAUGCAGUCUCGGUGGACAAUCCCAGUUAUAAUCCACAAUUGCUAAGUCGUGAAAACUUAGAACUACAAAGACUGAAUGGAAGUCAAACAUCAAUGGCAAUGGAUUUGCACAUUCCAAAUAAAGGUCCAAUCACAUUAAAGGUUAAGGAUCGAUCUGAUACAGCGAGGCGCCAUCAGUUAGCACGUCAAACGAAGAUCGAGGAUGCGGAAGAUAUGGAAGAGACUCAUAAGAUUACAGGACAAGAUCGAUCUUUCUCUCCUAAGCUCCCAGGUACUUACAGUAUUAGAUAUCCUGAUGACUUCGUAGCGAGAAAAAGAAACUCUGUUGACAUGAAGAUUUUAGAAGAUCUUAUGUCAAGGGAAUUGAUAUCCAAAACCUCACCUCAUGAUUUCCGAAAAUUAUCGUCGCCAAACUUUCGAAAAAUGUCGCUAGACAGAAUAGGUGGUGAACGCAGAUUGGAAAAGUCCUUAGGUAACAGAAAAGCAAGUUUCGAAUUCAAACGCAGCCCAGAUUUUAGAAAAUCAGAUUAUAGAAAGUACUCGAUUGAGCGCUUUACCGCCGACUGCAAUAAAUACCUUGUGGAUGACCUCGAAGGGAAAAUCAGGGCGAACAGCGGGGAGAAUCUUCAGCGCAAACCUCGCCAUCCAAAACUUUAUCAUUCUCGAUCCGACGAUAAUAAACGGCGAUCAUUUGAUAAACAUCGUGGCGAUUCUUUAUCGAGUCGUUACUCCCUGAAUACACAAGUUGUAAUCGAAGAUAAAGGAAUAAUUAGUGAUUAUGAAUUGAAAUACUUCACGACAACAGCGGUAACGUCCCUGGAUACGGAGGAGAGUCGAUGUGAUAAUUCAGAUUGCGAUAGUCGCUUGCAUGAUUACGACGAUGCGAUAACAAAUCCCGUUAUAUUAUCGGACGGUGUAGUCGAAGUUAAUACACUGUUAGAGGAGCCAGAAUUAGAGAACCUUCCAGAAAUCGAUGUGGAAAGUUCAACGGCUGACUUCAACAAGAAUUACGGAGAUUUGGAGCACUAUGCUAAGCAGGAAACGCUAAGCCUAGAAGAGAUCGUUUAUGAGACAGUUAUUGAUGCCAAGAGGCUGGAUACUAAUGACGACACAGAAGAUAAUAAGGAAGCAAUAAAUGAAGAUACUAACGAAAACUUAAUGUCUACUACAAACGUCGAUAUUACGGAAGAGUAA